AGAAUGGAACGGAGACGUGUACAAAACGAUGCGGACAAAACGGCGAAAAGGGUGCAGGCGCUUUUUCCACUGAGUGAACAAGAAACAAGCGGAAGAAGACGAAACACGACGAAGCACACGAAGGCGGCGGCGAAUCUUGGCUUUCCGAUCUUCUUCUCGGUUAUCGUGGUUUCUGCAUUCGCCAUGUCGGCCGAGCGUCUUCCCGUCGAGCAAACCAAGGGCGUCAAUGGCCUCGACAAGAUCGUCCUCCGCGAGUCUCGUGCCCGCUCCGCCGAGGUUUACUUGUAUGGUGGUCAUGUGACAUCAUGGACGAAUGAAAAUGGGGAGGAGUUGCUUUUUCUCAGUAGCAAGGCUAUAUUCAAGCCUCCAAAACCGAUUCGUGGAGGAAUUCCAUUAUGCUUCCCGCAAUUCAGUAACCUUGGUCCACUUGAAUCCCAUGGAUUCGCUAGAAAUAGGAUCUGGAGCAUUGAUUCUAACCCACCUCCUUUGCCGUCAAAUUCGACUUCUAAGGCUUUUGUUGAUCUGAUCUUAAGGCCGUCUGAAGACGAUCUGAAGAUAUGGCCUCACAAUUUUGAAUAUCGGCUGAGAGUAGGCUUGGGAGUGGAAGGAGAACUGAUGUUGACAUCUCGUAUUAGAAACACCAACUCUGAUGGAAAGCCAUUUACAUUCACGUUUGCGUAUCACACCUAUUUCUCUGUUUCUGAUAUCAGUGAAGUAAGGAUUGAAGGAUUGGAGACGCUGGAUUAUCUGGACAACUUAAAGAACAGAGAACGGUUUACAGAACAAGGCGACGCAAUAACUUUUGAAUCCGAGGUGGACAAGAUAUACCUAAGCACUCCUACGAAAAUUGCGAUUCUGGACCAUGAGAAAAAGAGGACUUUCGUCGUUCGCAAGGAUGGGCUUGCCGAUGCAGUGGUGUGGAAUCCAUGGGAGAAGAAGUCAAAGACGAUACCGGACAUGGGGGAUGAAGAGUAUAAGCAAAUGCUGUGCGUGGAAGCGGCUGCGAUAGAGAAACCCAUCACUCUGAAACCUGGUGAAGAGUGGAAAGGCCGUCUCGAACUCUCUGCCGUCCCUUCCAGUUACUCCAGCGGUCAGCUCGACCCUUCCAAAGUCCUCCAGUGAUUUCCCUUCCCCACAUAUUCACUCACUAGCCUCACUUCCAUUCCGUACUACAAACCCAUCUAUAUAUAUAUAUAUAUAUAUAUAUACACGGUGAUAGUGGUUGUGAUAAAUGCUUUUUUCAUGCGUGAACGGACGGAUGCUACAAUGCUUGUUUUAAUUAAAGCAUGUCGGAACUGUUGUGAAUCGGGUGGAUAUUCCUAUUCCUAAUGGUUUAUUGCA